CCCGCGCGGGCCGCGGGCGCCGCUCCCGCCUCUUACCGCGGAGCGCGCGGCGCCGCCCGGCAGCGGAAGGCGGCGGGGCCCGGCCGGCGGCACUUCCGGGGCGGUGCCGGAAGCGGCGGCGGCUGUGGAGGGGCCGCCAUGGUCUGCGACAAGUGUGAGAAGAAGCUUGGAACGGUGAUCACUCCUGAUACAUGGAAAGAUGGUGCAAGAAACACUACAGAAAGCGGUGGUCGUAAAUUAAAUGAAAACAAGGCAUUGACCUCAAAGAAGGCAAGGUUUGAUCCUUAUGGCAAGAACAAAUUUGCAAUAUGUCGGAUUUGUAAGAGUUCUGUCCACCAGCCAGGGUCCCACUAUUGUCAAGGAUGUGCCUAUAAAAAAGGCAUCUGCUCAAUGUGUGGCAAGAAGGUCUUGGAUACGAAGAACUACAAGCAAACAUCUGUCUAAUUGUGCUGACUAGUCUUUUUAUGAACUUUACCUUCUGUGUCUUUGUACAGUAACUUUUCUCUAAAAUGAUUUGUGAAUAUUACUUUCUGGAAGAUAGUACUUGGAAUGAGAGGUAAAGACAGCCUGCUUGCCUAAAAUGUACAUAAUGUUUGAUUAUUGUUGUUUUAGCACUAAUAUUAACUGGUAUUUAAAGGUAAUGGCUUUUAGCAACUGUUAGAGUCCAAAGGGAAGAAGAUCCAAUGGGUUGAAACUAGAUUACCAUCAGAACAGAGAUUUUGAGAUGAAUACUUUUUUUUUUCCCUAUCUCAAGUCUUCUGCUUGUCUCAUGGUAAUAUUUUGUAGAUGUAUAAAAUACGAACUUGCAUCAACUCAUUAAAGUAUCUUCAUUUAGUUGUAUGCCUAUAAGUAUUUAUAAUUAUUCUCAUCCCAAACUGUUAUGACCUUGCUCUUCAGAUUUUAGUGCAAUUGUCCUUUUGUAUUUUGUUUCUGCCUACAGUAUGGUUGGUUAAAUCACAAAUUUUUAAGCUAGUGAAAUCUGGUGUGUUGCCCUGCCAGUUCUUUCUUUGGCAUUGUUAUGGUUUAGCCCCAGCCAGCAACCAAGUCUCACUGCCGCUCCCUCACUCCCACACCAUCAGGACUGGGGAGAGAAUUAGAAGGGGAAAAGCCUGAAAACGUGGGAUAAAGACAGUUGAAUAGGGAAAGGGAAUUAGUUCACUACUUCCCAUGGGCAGGCAGGUGUUCAGCCAUCUUCAGGAGAGCAGGGCCCCAUCCCCCAUUAUGGUUUCUUGGGAAGACAAACUGAUCACUCAGAAUGUCCCCCCUUUCUCCUCUUCCUCCCACUUUAUACACUGAGCAUGGUGUCAGAUGGUCUGGAAUAUCCCUUUGGUCCAUUGGGGUCACCUGUCCUGGCUGUAUCUCCUCCCAGCCUCCCAGACAGCCCCAGCUUCCUUCCCAUUGUGGCAGUGCAAAAGGCAGAAAAGGCCUUGGCUCUGUGUAAGCCUGCUCAGCAAUAACAAAAACAUCUCUGUAUUAUCAACUCUGUGUUCAGCACAAAUCCAGAACACAGCCCCAAUAACCCACUAACAGUGAAGGAAACGAGCUCCACCCCAUCCAAAACCAGCACAGGCUUUAGGACUGAUCAGCUAUUCCCUUGUUAGCCUCCAAGGAGACUUUACAUAUGGUAUCAGGUGGCCCAAGGCAAUAAAAUAAUGAGCAUCAAUUUCUAAAUAUCUCAGUCAUAUAAUAUUCUAAGGUAGUCUGUCUUUUAAAUACUGGGGUUGAGUUCUGUGAUGUAAUUGCUUAUAUACAUGUCAAAUUUAAAAGAUCAAAGCAGGCUCCCUGCUUCUCAGCUCUGGUUUGAUACAAGGAGUCAGUCUCUGAACAUGAGAGGCUGACUGUGGCUCUGCAAUGCUUUUGUCUUUUGCUUAGUUUCUGUAUAUUGAAGCAAUUCCUGUUAUGGAGCAUAAUAAUUGCUCCUUUGCAUAUAUUUUAAGAAAAAGGAUUAUUCAUUCUUAAUUCAUGGUUAUUUUUUAAUUCAUUCUUAAUUUAGGGCAAAUAAUUAUUAAUUCUUAAUGCAUGGUGAAGUUUUUACUAGACCUAUUUAAGUGUUUACUCCCCUGCAAUCUCCUCUUGGCAAUUUCAUGCUUCUGCAACUGUCUUUCAACUGUAACAGAAAAGCUAUCAAUGGGAAUUUCCCUAUGAACAGAUUCUGUUCUGGGUUUCCUUUUGUUCUCAUAUUAUUACAGAGGAAAGUACAUGACUAAUGGAAACUGAAAAAAAAUUUGCUGUUCUUUCUGUAGGGCAAAAUGAAGAACACUGGGCUUAUUAUUAUCUUCUUUGUUGUUGCCUUCCUGCCAUGCAGUAGUUGUGCUACAAGUAGCCCUCUAAAGGGGAUUGUCUGAUAUUUCCUGUCAUCCUUAUCUAUCAAUUUUUGAGCAUUUAUCACCAAAGUUUCUCAUUCAAAUAUGUUGGCCUCCUGCAGUUGCUAAAGAGGUAAUUAUUUUUGGCAUUUUAUGUUUGCUGAGAAGCUUUGUCAGGUUAAUGGAAUGAGCUGGGCCUCCCCAAAGAGAGGAAUGCUCUCUUUGCAUUGCAAAAGCUUCUCCUACUGUAACAACUGCAUGGAGGUACAUGGAUUAGCUAGCUGGUGAUAACUUGCUGUUGGCCACUUGUUUCCAAGCACAGCAAGGAAUUCCCAUAUUAGUGUAUAUCUCUAUGACACAUUCUUUAUAUGGGUGAGAAGAAAAUCUGUAUGAAUGAAAAUCUGAAUGUCGGUAAUUGGCUUCAAGCUUCGCAGCAAAUCUUGUCAGCAGUGUGUGUGACAAUUUCAGGUGGCAGGUUCUCCAAUAAUCCUUGAACUCUUCACCCUUUAUGGAUAUGUGCUGUAGGAUUGAUUGAUUUUUGCUAUUCUGUGAAUAAAACUUCUCUUCCUAAAA